UUAUCGUCGGCGCGUUGGCUUGCGCGUGAUGUGAUUCAGUUUCUCUCACAGUUUCCCCGACGCACCAUUACUGACGGUUACGAAGCGAGGAGGUAAUCCGCCGUUCGGUCGCCAGCAUUCCGUCAAAGUGCCCCGCGUCGAUAAAUUCCGCAGGAACGCGUACCCGGGACACGACGUGUAUCCUCGUCUUCGUAUCGCGAGUAAUGAUCGAGUGAGCCGCCCGCGAUCACCGACAACGCACACAUCUCGGCGACGACGCAUCUCGGACCUGUGCAUCAUGGGCCUGUGAGAGGGCGGUAUCGAGGAAACGGUGCUCCCGAGAAGGGAGAGGAUCGCCGUACGCAGGGACGAGGACGGCGGGCGUAGGAAGGGCAGGGUCAGCGAGAGAAGGGGGGUGGCCCAGGCGCUACCCAGGCCGGGAAAGGCGAAUUCGAAGACCCGACGUCGAUGCGCAUACCCGUCCGACCGGCUAUCACGACCGCCAUGUUAUCCCGGAACAGGGGCAGCGGUGUUACGUCGGGCGCGCGGUCGCUGGCGCCGCUGCUCUUCUGCCUCCUCGUGCUCGGCGCGGCCGGCCUCGAAUCCGAUAUAAAUAAACUGGAAUCAGAAUUGAAAACCGAAAAGUGGACAGCGUCGCUAAAAAUCCGAUCAUCCCAGGAUAUGGAGGGCAUAGAGGCAGGUAGCACACCGUCGCUAAUAUGUGAGCUCAACGUGCCAGGUUACGUCUGGUGGAGCACCGAUGACAGGAAUCUUACUACCAUCAAGGACAAUCUCGUGAACGCUGGACGAUUAGAUAUAAAGAAGGCCAGUAGGAACGAUACAGGCGACUACAAAUGUUCCGCCCAGACCAUCGACGGCGAAUCGCUCGAGAAAAACAUUCAUAUCAGAGUGAUAGAACCCGGCAAAAUAACAUCUGGCGGGGAUGUGAGAGCGAAAGUAAUGGAAGCGACAAACUUGACGUGCCACAUACAUGGUUAUCCAUUAUCUCAAUUUACUUGGUUAAAAGGGAAUGAUUCAGAGAGCAGCGAGCACUUGAAGGAUAUUACUGCCGUCACAUGGAUAAAUGAAACCUAUGCCGUCUUAAUCUUGGAGUUUAAGAGUCUGGCGCGUAAGGACAAUGGCACGUACGUAUGUCAGGCGAACGAUUACAAUGGGAUAGUGAGCGCCGUGGCACAUUUGUUCGUCAUUGAUGUGCCUAAAGUCAGCAUAGAUUUCAUGAAAGCGGUCGGCGCUGGGAGUAUAUUUUUAAAUUGGACCGUCAAUGAUGGUAAUGAACCGAUCAAGAAAUACUUUAUUCAGCAUAUGAAGAACGGUACAGAUCAACGACAGUACUACGCUGAGCAGAUCGGCGGCGGUAAUUCGAGUUAUGUUCUCAAGGGAUUCGAAAGUGGGACCGCGUACCAAAUCGGUAUCAGUGCUACCAAUGCCGUAGGUUCAUCGUAUAUGCAAUUGGAUCCACGAUGGAUCACUACGCUUGAAAAAGACCCGGUGUUUGUGCCGAAAGUAUCCGUGAAUGGCGUGACAGAGAAUUCGAUCACGAUAGGUUGGACUCUACCGCCGUCGGAUUUGAAGGAACACGUGCAUUAUUAUAAUUUGAUAGCUACUCACGCCGAGCAAAAAAGAGAAGCGGUGUAUCCUGCUCAACCGUUCACCGUGUACGCGUUCGUGAAUCUCGAUCCGGCGACCACGUAUAAAUUCAAGAUAGCCGCCUGCAGCGAAUACACGAGGCAAUGUGGCAAUUGGAGCGUUGAAGUAAAUGGCACGACAUUGGAUGGAGUGGCUAGUCCUCCGAAAAAUCUCGUCGUUAUUUGCCGCUAUGACAAUAUAAGCAGCUCCAGUUUCAUGUCCAUUACGUGGAAACCUCCGGAAAAGCCGAAUGGCAUUAUACAGCGCUACAAUAUACAAUUGAACGGCGUGGCGAAGUACAAAAACGACAUGGGACGUUUAGAUAUUGAUAACUUUGAACCACCCAGUUGGAGCGUUUAUAAAAGGAAUAACACGCGAUACAAUCAAAUACCUCCCAAUACAAAUUACACGGUUCGGGUACACGGAGUAACUAGGUCUCGCACUCCUGGCAAGGACGCCAUAGGAAAUUGCACGACACCGGUCACGGUUCCAGAUCGCGAGAGCAUGAAUUUGCGCACCUGGCGAAAGGUCGAAAGUCAGGGUCGACAAUUGUUCAAACUCUAUCUACCGCGUAUCUCUGAGCGGAAUGGCCCUAUCUGCUGCUAUCGCAUCUAUGUGGUGAAACUAUCGCUGCAGAGAAUGGUCCGUGAUCUGCCGCCGCCCGAAGAAAUCUCGGUGUAUUCUUAUCAGUAUGUCCAUAAGUCGCCGAGCGGUGGUGCUUAUAUCGUCGAGACAUUCGAAAGUGAUCAGUUGUUGAGCGAGAUCUUUCUCGGCGACGGUCAAUCAUCCAAGGGCGGCAUGAUGUGCGACAAGUGCAUCGGUUUGAGACCCAAACCAGCACCACAGUUAUAUUUUGUCCCGGAAAUCCCAUCCACUGCUGUUUCAAUCAACGCGAGCAGCACUACCACUAUCACUUCAACAACUACGUUAUCAUCGACGACAACUGCAAGCAGCAGCAACAGCGGUAACAUGAUUACCAGCUCAUCCACCGCGUCAGCAAUAACUACUAUCAGCACUGCUGCGAAAAUAGACAUAACUACGGCAAUUCCGGUGGUUAUUAAUGCAACUGAAAAAGCGGAGAGACGGAAACGAGAGGACUUGCCCAUUCAAAAGGCAUCUGUGGAUGGAUCCAGUGGGGAAUCCAAUAUAUUGUUACCUUACGACGGCUUUCUUGACGAAACGUCGAAUUAUACUGGUUUUAUCGAAGUUAUCGUAUACGAUAGUCAGAGGGAUCAGCUUCUAGCAGCUUACAGCAACUAUUUCAAUCCUCUUUAUGGUGGAGUGGAUCCUCUUAGCGUAACAGCCGCGCAGGCGACUACUAUUAAAGAAAUGAUAAUACAACUCUUCAUCGCUCUUAUCUUGACCCUUACGAUUCUGUUUAUCGCACUUUGCUUACUAUAUAGAUUUACAAAACGUUCGCAAGAGAGAGAAGAAGUCAUAACACUGCGCAAUAGUUUCAGACAUCUCUGUAGAAGCCUGAGAAGCAGGCAUCAGCUUGUAGCAGCGAGUCCGCCGGAUAUGCCGCCAAUACCCAAGAAUGAAUUGUUGCAGGCAUAUUUGGAACGCCAUCGAGACUCGGAUUAUGGUUUCCAACACGAAUUCGAACUCUUACCCGACCGAUUUACAGAUAGAACGACGCGUGCAUCCGAGGCACAGGAGAAUCUUUACAAGAAUCGUUAUCCAGAUAUCAAGUGUUACGAUCAGACGAGAGUGCGUCUGGCUCAGAUGGAUGGUAUCUGCGGCUCUGAUUACAUCAACGCCAACUUUGUGUUGGGUUAUAAAGAGCGCAAGAAAUUUAUCUGCGCCCAGGGCCCAAUGGAGAACACCGUGUGCGAUUACUGGCGUAUGAUUUGGGAGCAACAUCUUGAACUAAUACUCAUGCUAACGAAUCUCGAAGAGUACUCGAAGACGAAAUGCGCCAAGUAUUGGCCGGACAAGCGUGAGACUAAGAACUUUGGUGACAUCACGGUAGAGCAUGUCAAGGAACGCGCCUACUCGGAUUAUGUGGUGCGCGAGCUGAAGAUGACACGACUAGGUGAGCGCGAUUCCCGCGCGAUUGUGCAGUAUCACUUCCUCGUAUGGAAGGACUUCGUUGCACCUGAACAUCCUCAUGCGAUCCUACGUUUCAUCAAACGUGUUAACGAGGCAUAUUCGCUCGAGAAAGGACCGAUCCUGGUGCAUUGCAGUGCCGGUGUAGGCCGCACUGGUACGCUCGUGGCAUUGGAUUCUUUGUUGCAACAGCUGGCUGAGGAAAGUCAGGUGUCCAUCUUCAACACUGUAUGCGAUCUACGGCACCAGCGCAACUUUCUCGUGCAAUCUCUUAAACAGUACAUCUUUAUCUAUCGUGCGCUCAUGGAAAUGGCGCAAUAUGGUGAUACGGAAAUUCCAGCAUCACAACUCAAGACCACAGUUGCCAAACUCAGGCAGCGAGACAAUGGCAAGGAAAAAUGUAGAAUGGAGGAGGAAUACGAUAAAAUCAGUUCCGUAUUGGAAGAUCGUAAAUCUUUCUCCGUCGGCGGCGGAGAGGAGAAUAGAACAAAAAAUAGAAGCGAACUGGUGAUACCAUACGAUAGAAAUCGUGUAAUUCUCACCCCCGUCCCAGGCAGAGAACAUUCGACGUACAUUAACGCAUCAUUCAUCGAAGGCUAUGAUAAUUCGGAGUCGUUUGUCAUUACGCAGGAUCCACUAGAAACUACUAUAACGGACUUCUGGCGAAUGAUCUCGGAACAAUGUAUUUCCACAAUAGUCAUGUUAUCUGAUUUAAACGAAGGCCCACGAAAAUGUCCACGCUACUGGCCAGAUGAUGAGACUAAUUACGAUCAUAUACAAGUCCGUUAUAUACACAGUGAAAGUUGUCCGUACUACACGCGUCGUGAAUUUAACAUUGUGAAUACUAAGACUGAUGAAAACGGGGUCGUAAAGCAGUAUCAGUAUCACGGCUGGCCAACGGUGGAAGGCGAAGUACCUGAAGUAACACGCGGUCUCAUCGAGCUGGUGGAUCAGACGCUGACGAAUGACACCGAGACAAAUGGUUCAUUGGUAGUGCACUGCAGUUACGGAUCAGAUCGGAGUUCCAUGUUCGUUGCGCUUAGCAUAUUAGUCCAGCAGUUGCGCACCGAGAAGCGCGUGGAUAUUUUCACGACGACGAAGAAAUUGCGCUCUCAGCGACAUGGCAUGAUCAGCACUUUCGCGCAAUACGAGUUUCUUCAUCGCGCUAUCGUGAAUUACUCAGAUCUUCACAAUUUGGCUGACGACGAAUCUGUGUCAUAAUAUUUAAAAGCAUAAGCAAGAUUAGAUUGUUCUAAAUACUCUGUUUUAAGCGGACAUGUGUGUGAAAACAAGUUCUGUGACGAGUGUCUGAAAAUCCACGAAGCAAACAUACAUUGCCCCAACCAAAGAUGAACAAGUACUCGAUGAAGAAUCUGACAUCAUUAUCAUCAUUUUCCUCGUCAUCAUCAUCGCUAUUAAGGCUAUUGCGACGCACAACAUGGAUUCGCACGCGAAUCCGAAGAUUACUUGUACAUAA